CUUGGCCCUGAUCGCAUUGCAUGCAUUUGUGCUGCUGCUUCACUACUACGUACUAGUUACUACUGUAUGUAUGUACCGGCCAUUCGUGCAUGUUGCUUUCAUUGUUGCCGUCCAUAUGGCUCUCAGCGAGCAUUGAGCAGUCGCUCGCGCACAGAGGUGUGGAAAUUGGAUGCACAAACAACGGCCCAAUGCUCGACCUUUUUUCCACGAAAGAAAAAAUUGACGCAGGUCUCCCAUCGAGGUCAUUCCACUGCUGCUACUUUUUGCAUCCUCGCCGUUGGUCCUUCGUCCGAAUGAGGAAGUUCUACGUCACGGCCUGCCAUAGAAUCGGCCGUAUUGGACUUGGCGGCGCGUCUACACUGUCUCUCUGCUCGUAGUAUGGAAGUUUGUACGGGCGCUCGCUUGCUGACCGAAGUUGCCUGCCUACUGCCAGCCUGCCUGUUUUGGAAACAAGUUAUAUAGACCGAGCGGCUCACUUGCCUCUUUUGACUACAUCCA